CGCCGUCUCACCUAGCCGGGCAAUUUCCGGGGCGGUGUCAUUGCCCCUUUAAGAGAAGCGCGCCCCGCCCCCGGGGCGGAGCUUAGAGGGAGCUUUAAGGGGCGGGCCGGAGGGCAGCCGGGGUCCUCCGGGGGAUUAACGUGAGGUGGGUUCGCGCCUCAGGCCGCCAUUUCUUGCCAUCUCCGGAGGAGCCGCCCCCUCCUCACACGCGCUCGGGAUCUCUCCCGUGUGGUCGUCCCUGCACCGUCGUCCCAGCGCAGUGACAAAAUGCUGAGCUUCUUCCGUAGAACACUGGGGCGUCGGUCAAUGCGUAAACAUGCUGAGAAGGAACGACUCCGAGAAGCUCAACGAGCUGCCACACACAUUCCUGCCGCUGGAGAUGCUAAGUCCAUCAUCACGUGUCGUGUGUCCCUUCUGGAUGGUACUGAUGUCAGUGUGGACCUGCCGAAAAAAGCCAAAGGUCAAGAGCUGUUUGAUCAGAUUGCGUACCACUUGGACCUUAUUGAAAGCGACUAUUUUGGACUGAGAUUUAUGGAUUCAGCACAAGUAGCACAUUGGUUGGAUGGUACUAAAAGCAUCAAAAAGCAAGUAAAAAUUGGUUCGCCCUAUUGUCUGCAUUUUCGAGUUAAGUUUUACUCCUCAGAACCAAAUAAUCUUCGUGAAGAGCUAACCCGGUAUUUAUUUGUUCUUCAAUUAAAACAAGAUAUUCUCAGUGGAAAAUUAGAGUGUCCCUUUGAUACAGCAGUUCAGUUGGCAGCUUAUAAUCUUCAAGCUGAACUUGGUGACUAUGAUCUUGCUGAGCAUAGUCCUGAACUUGUAUCUGAGUUCAGGUUCAUGCCCAUUCAGACUGAAGAGAUGGAGCUGGCUAUUUUUGAGAAAUGGAAGGAAUACAGAGGUCAGACACCAGCACAAGCUGAAACCAAUUAUCUGAAUAAAGCCAAAUGGCUAGAAAUGUAUGGGGUUGAUAUGCAUGUGGUCAAGGCUAGAGAUGGAAAUGACUAUAGCUUGGGACUAACCCCAACAGGAGUCCUUGUUUUUGAAGGAGAGACCAAAAUUGGCUUAUUUUUUUGGCCCAAGAUAACCAGGUUGGAUUUUAAGAAGAAUAAAUUAACCCUGGUGGUAGUAGAAGAUGAUGAUCAGGGGAAAGAGCAGGAGCAUACAUUUGUCUUUAGACUGGAUCAUCCAAAAGCAUGCAAACAUUUAUGGAAAUGUGCUGUGGAGCAUCACGCCUUCUUCCGCCUUCGAGGCCCUGUCCAAAAGAAUUCUCAGCGAUCAGGAUUUAUUCGAUUAGGAUCACGAUUUAGAUACAGUGGGAAAACUGAGUAUCAGACCACAAAAACCAAUAAAGCAAGAAGAUCAACAUCCUUUGAAAGAAGGCCCAGCAAACGAUAUUCUCGUCGGACUCUACAGAUCAAAGCAAGUACAGCAAAACCUGAAGAACUCAGUGUUCAUGGUAAUGUUUCACCUAAGAGUAAUGGCUCUCAACAGGCUUGGGGUAUGAGAUCUCCUGUGCUUGUGACUCCUUCCGUUUGCUCUGGUCCUGUGCUGGUGGAGAUAGAGAAUCUUCCAAGGAGUCCUGGAAUAGACCAGCAUGAUAGGAAAUGGCUCUCUGCUGCCAGUGACUGCUGUCAACGUGGUGGAAACCAGUGGAAUGCAAGAGCCUUGUCCCCACCCCAGCCUCCAAAUAGAAACUACACUGACUUUGUCCAUGAGCACAAUGUGAAGAAUGCAGGCGUCCAUCAUGAUGUUCAUUUUCCUGGCCACGCAGCCAUGACUGAUAUAUGAGUGUUAAGUCUCUUAGGCGUUGGGACUCUGUUGUGCAAGUGAAGGUAUACAAGUUGAUAGUAUACAUUCUCUAGUGUUUAUAGAGGAUUGAUCACAUCAGGAGAAUUUGGGAGAAGUUAUAUUGAGUCACUAGUUGUGUAGUGUAGUUCAUAAUUGAAUUCUUCUGUGAAAGGGAAAAGGUUCUGAAGACACUAUAUGCCAUCAAUGAUAAUGACAAAUGGUUUUGUGUUGAGAGGGUAUGUAUGUCAUUGUAAAUUUGGAAAGGUGUUUCAUGAUUUUGAAAUAUUAACAUAUCACUCAUGUCUCAGGAGAAGGUUUGUAUUUGGGAAUAAGCUGCCCAUUUUUCACCCCACCACAUGCUAUCUGAAUACAUUGAGGUUAAAAGAAUCAGACACACUAAAAACAGAAUCAGAAGGAAGCAUUUCCAGGCAUGAUGUGUCCGUCUUUAGUGAUAUUUUUAGUUAAAACUGCUCUUAAUACACUAUUUUUAAUACUUCUAAAGUGACCCAUGCCUUAAUUUCAGUUAAAUGCCUAAGAUUCUAUAAUUUUAAUUAAUAUAAUUUUUAAUUAAAAACAUUUUACUUUUUAAUAAACACAAAUGUUUUAAUUUACCAAAAAGUCUAGAAGUCACAUUAAUUAUGUGAUUCAUGUAGAGAGAUAAAUCUGAAUGGUUACUUUUGCAUAAUUAACUUGGUUAACCAGUGGUUAACUGAAUAGUUUCAUUACUGCUGAAUGGUUGCACAAAAUGAAAAAUGUAUUUACUUUUGUCCGGUCACGUUUCUCUCUUUUCUCUGUCAUCUCAUGCAUCUGAUAGAUUUCCAAGGUUUGCAACAGCCUCAUACAAUCUGGCCUUGUACAACCUUUAAAAUAAACUUCUGCAGCCAAAACUGUAUCACUUUUAAAUGGAUUGGAUAUAUUACUUUUUUUGGUCCUUUAUGAACUUCAAAAUGUAAUUAUCCAAGAUCUCUGGUUCAAUUCAUAGAGGCAGAUUAGCUGGAAAAUGUACAUUUCUGAUGUCAUGGGAACUGAUAUAAGGAAGCAUUUCUUUUGUCUUUUUACAGUUUUUUAAAACUAACAAAAUUUCCAGACUUCUAAAUUAUGCAUGUAGUAAUUUGAAGAUAUUUUAUAGUCUGAGAAUUUAUAACACUUUAAGAUAAUGAAGCUUCAUUAUAAACAACCUAAUUUUUACCAUCCAACUCACCUGAAAGGUUAAUCUUAUUCCCCUCUGCUAAACAAAGAUAAAGUUUUCAGAGGGCUAAAUAGCCCAACUCCCCACCUCUGUAAGUCUGUCAUCAUUUAGUGAAGUUAAAAGUGGCCACUAAUGUAUGUGCAUCAUAGUUGUCUUAGACUUUACAUAGCUCACAUAAUUGUCAAGUAUUGUUGAUGGUGAUUUAUUUCUUCAAAGAAAGGAAUUUGUGUCAUAACAUUUUAAACACAGAAACCCUGGUUUGUGCCGUUUAUGGGUGUUAACAUGAUUAAGAACCUACCAUUUCUGUAAUAGAAACCAAAAAGGCAUAAUAGUAACAAAGCUUUUCUGGCCUUUUAGAAAGUCCCAUGGUUUGACUUCUCUCACUUUAAAAUUAAUCCUGAAAUCUGAAGGUCAGCCUUAUAUGUAUCUUAACAGAAUCUUAACUUUGGGAAAUAUAGAAGGAUUAUAAUUGAAUAAGAUCUUCAGUUUAUAUUGCAAGUAGCCAUUUAUAUACUUACGAUUUGAGUUAUCAGUACUGUUACAUUUAAGUGAUUGAAAAAUCACAUCAUAGUUUUUCUUUCUUGGAAACCUUGUUACAUAUUAAAUAAUUAAAUAGCUCAUUUGUAAAUUCCUGAUGAGAGAAACUGGGUUGAAGGGGUGAUUAUGGGGAGAAAAGGCAGCAAAGGGGGUGGGGGAAGAAAAGGGCUAAGUAGUAGAAUCAAAUUGUUUAUUUAAUAGAAGUUCCCAUAUGCUCCAGGAUUUCCUAUCAAAUAAUGUGAAUGCUUGUUCUUGCUGUUGAUGUUUUCAAGAUGGAUAUAUAUGUUUCCAGAGCUAUGAGGAACUUACAGAUAACUCAACCUCAAUUAAAUAGUCAUCAACCUAUUUAUACUAUGCAUUUAAUUGUGCUUAAAAGGUCAGUGAUCAUACAUCGUAGAUUAGGGAACCAGUAUCUGCCAGAAGCACCUUACAUGGUCAUGAUCCAUUUGAUCAGAGGGAGCCAUCACCAUAGAACUUCAAGAUCAUGUGAUUCAACUUCCAUGCCUUGGUUAAUUUUAUUUAACAUAAUUAAUUUUCACAUCUUAAAUUAGGUUGGUUGUAUUUCACCCUAAUGGUUAUAGAGAGGGAAACUUACAGAACACAGCUAAGCUAAUGACUGUCACACUCACACAUGAAAAUAAACGAGCUUUUGCUGUCUUUAUUUCUUUUUAUAGUAAAAACACCUCAAAGGUAUUUAUCUGUCUCUUUGUAUAAUCUGACCUUUCUGAUCUUGGUAGGAUAAUCAUAGAUACACUUUUAAAUGAAUUUACAAAGGAAAACAAACUUCAUUUGUCCUACUAUGUAUAUAAUAUGUCUAUAUUUUAAAAAGCAGCGUAGUAUACAAACAUUCUAAUAUUGUAAUAUCACCAGUAUAAUUCAAAUCAUUUGGGGGGGGGGGACUUUUUAAUUCAUUUAAAAUGCUGAUCCAGAAAGUGCUAUUUAUAACUCUUGGAUAAAUCUCUAUUGUUAAAAUUGUCGGUGACGUAAAAAGUGCCAUGUAAAUAUGCCAAGAUAUAAAACUGAAAUGUGUCCUGAAUGGAGGAUAUGAAGGCAGCUUGUUUCAUAAGAUAAAGCAAUUAGCUGAGCUUUAAUUAUGGUAGUUUCUCUUAUUUACUACAUUUUUCCAGAUUUACUUGGUUGGUACGGUAGUCAUUAUUUUGAUUCGUAACCUUGUUUUAUCACUUUUCUAUGCCCUGAUGUCAUGCAUUUCAUCUUUCCAUCUUGCCAAAACAGGAAAAUAGAUGAAGGAGGGUAAGGAGUGGAGGAGUAUGGUGUCUUUGGGUUUCAGGAGGAAGAAGAGUAUUGUGAAGAUGACUGGCUUCACAGAUAUAAGAAGACCAAUCCUCCACUUUGAUCCCUUUUACUUCAUACGUAUUCACAAAUGUGAACUGAAAAAGUUGGGAGAUGAAUGUCCCGUAUUAGUGCAGCAUGCUUUGAGGGUGGAAACAGUAACCGUUUGAACCAUGGUGCUGUAACUAUUGGGUUGUUGGAAAAAUCAUGACACAUUUUUGCAACGAAAAGCAGAAAAAAUAUGUCAUGACUUUUCCGACAACCCAAUAUUUUGGUUGAGACAUAUUCUUCAUUUCUAAACCAUAGUUAAUUGCUUUGAAAGGCCAUUAUCUUUUUGUUAGGCUUUGAAUGUUGGGUUUGAAAAUAGUACUAUAAAGUUGCGCUAAUUUAUUUUAUACCCUUCCUAUAUAGGGCUUGUCAUAUGGAUUUGCAAAAAUAAAAUAGUCUUGUGCCAAUAACACUUAA